AUGGCUAUCAUCGAGCUUAUCUUCCCCAAGGUGAAGAAUGACCCCGAAUCCAUCAAGGGUGCACAAGGGACGAUCCCCAUCGCUUUCAAGGCUCUAAAAGAAGGAGGUGUCCUACGAGGAGCGGCAGGUGUUGUAAUCUCGGAAAACGGGAAAGAUACGACCGGGGAAUUUAGAGAAUUUAUUGCUCUCGAAUGGCCCGAAUUCUCCUACUUCUCCAAGUUCGUUGAAUCUCCUGGCUACGCAGAGUAUAAAGCCGCGGCACAGCCCUUUUCAUCCGGACCUCCGGACUUGAAUGUCUUUGAGACCAACCCCGGCGCGCAUCUGUUUGACGGCCGGCCUAUCCUGGAUAUAUUGCUCAUCAGCCCUAAGAAUGCGUCCGAUGAAGAAGCAGGGGCUAUCUUGAAGAAAGUACAGUCGACAUUGGAGAAAAUCAGCGACACUGAGGGUGUAUAUGGAAGCUCCCUGAACCUUCCCCAGAAGAAGAUCACCGUUGUGAGAGCAAUUGCAGACAAGGCGGAACUUGAUGCCGCGAAGAACACCUCAGCGCGCCAAGAGAUCUUGAAGGAGAUUGGCGGCUUGGCUGAAGUGACCCAAUUGGUUACUGAUGUCAAAGUGAUGCCCUUCUAG